GAGAAAUCAAGGCGACGCUUUGUUUGUUCCUUGUUUGUUCCCCCUUUCCCUCUUACUCUCAUCAUCCUCAACGACCCAUGACAUAUAAUCGCGAAUGGGACAGAGGCAAGGACAUUUGGGCAGAUGGCGCUCAGUGGCCUACAGCAAACGUCCGCCCCAGAGAAGAUGAUCAUUAUGGCGACGGCAAGCGACGAAAAUUUAACAGCGGGGGAUAUCAAGGCUACGAUGCGUACUCAAACUACGAGGAGGGGGCCUACGAUAGCACUGCUGCUCCGCGCCCAUCUGCCCAAGACUUUGGACAGCCACGCAACGCUGCCGGAGGAUUUCCUAAGAAACGCCUGCAGCCCUCCGAUCCUAGUCCUCAUGUCAUCUUUCUUGGCCUCGAUACAGACUUCACAGAAGCUGAUCUUCAGGCAUACCUUUCCUCCAACGGAUGUAGCGUCGAGACUGUCACCAUCAUCCGAGAUAGAUCAACAGGUACUUCAAAAGGAUUUGGUUUCGCCCAGUUCUCUUCAACAGAUCAUGCACGCUUAUUCGUGGAUCCUCUAUUUCCUUACAUCCAAGUGCCUCCGCCUGCAUCUCAUGGCGCAACGGCAACUGCAGCAUUCUACAAGGCUUUAGAGACGGGCCCCCCCCAUAGCGGGCGAAGAGUUAAAAUUGACUAUUCCCAAAGCGCCACACCUCACGAGAAAGGACGCUUCAAUCGCGGAAACGUCAAUGAUGGCACUCGUGAUAUUGGGAACUCUCAAGCAGCCGUCUUGUUAUUCCGUGGUCUUGAUCCUCUCUCUGGGCCCCAGGCCAUUCACCAAGCCAUGAGAUCGUCGUCCGGGCCUGGUAAAGAGGGCGCUAGGGGCAUGAGACGGAUUAUCUUGAUCAAAGAUCGAGUUACCAUGGCUAGUUUUGGCUUUGCCUUCGUGGAGUUCACUGAUGUGCAGUCUGCUUCGGUAGUUCUUGCAGCGACUAUGUCACCUCAGAUCCAUCCAUCCGGUUUUCGCAUAUCAGAUCGACCUGUGGCUGCUUCUUUUGCUCAUCCCGACUCAUUUCAACCUAUUGACAAUGUGAUGUUGCGCGACGAUGCCUGUAUACCAUCUUCCCUAGUGCUAGGAGGCAUCGAAGGCACUUGGGUUAGGUACUGGGAUGACAGUUCCACGUUGGCUAUGCUCGAGUUUCAGGUUGCCCAGCCAGUACCGGCAGUCCAGACCGUCAAGGAACGGAAAGAAAAGAAAAAAACCAAAGCGACAGUACAACGUUCAUCGGUUCAGCCUGCUCCUUCAACGUUACCUGUUUUCGACAAACCUGUCACUCUAAGCUUCAGCAAGGGCCCAGCUAAAGCUGCUGUGCCUACUGUCAAGAAAUUUGUGGCCUCAGCUUUUGCAUCUGAUGAUGCAGACGACGAUCAACAGGACGAAGCUGAAGAUCUGCUGAAUGCCAGCCGGAAAGUCGGAACGUCUAAGCAGCCUACGCUGAUCGUAAGCAAGAAGACUGCCAGCAAUAUCAACAAAUGGAAUCAAGUUCAAGAAGAACUUUCUCAAGAUGCCACGAUAUCCACUACUGAUGCUACCGGGUCCACUGCGCAAGCAUCGAGUGCACCCAUCCAAGGCAAUACGACGUCGACACCGACAUCGACAUCGACACCGACACCGACACCGACACCGACAGACUUCGAGUUCUCGGAUGUCAGCGCGAUGAGUUGUCUUCUCUGCGCUCGACAAUUCAAAUCCGUGGAUCAAUUGAAACGCCACAACAAGGAAUCAGAUUUGCAUAAGAAAAAUCUCAAAGAUUCUAACUUGCAAGAAGUUGCCCGCCAGAAGGUCAAGGCUCGACAGGCAAACGCCGUUCCAAAAUAUCGUGACCGUGCUUCGGAAAGGCGAAUCCUUUUCAACCAGCCUGAAACUCCCAUGCCGGAGAAGGAUAAUGGGCGGGCGGUACCCAAACGGCAAGUUGAAGGUCCACCUGUACCGCCGUCGCCGCCGCCGCCGCCGCCGCCGACCAAUCCGGGCGAGGAUAGCAAUAAUGUCGGCAACAAAAUGCUCAAGAUGAUGGGCUGGACGGAGGGAACUGGCCUAGGAACAAGUGGCGAAGGCCGAGUGGACCCUAUAAAAACUGCCAUAUAUGUGGAAGGCGCUGGUCUAGGGGCCAGCAAAGGCAAAGACAUCGGCAAACUUACAGAAGGCUAUUCGGGCUACGUCUCUAUGGCGCAGGAUUCUGCACGAGAGCGAUAUGGGAGCUAACCAAUAUCUAAGCGUCCGUGUUCUACACAUUUUUGGCUCAGGAAUGAUAACUUGUUUCAUAAAAUAAUUAUAUACCAAA